AUGGCCAUGGGAGACGAAUCAUGUUUGGUGCAUGGCCCAAUGAUUGGCGCGUCCGUACAUUUGGGCGAUCCCGAGGGCAUUUCUGUCCGUGAAAAAUAUUAUACCCUUCUUUUGGUUAUUGCGCUUGCCGUUUAUGGACCAUUCCAUCUUCUUCCCGAGUUUGACAACGGAAAGCGCAGCUGCCGGAGGAGAUUGGCCGAUCACAAUCGUCGCAGGCGAAAAACUCAGCAAACAAAUCAAGAGAAUCACAACUCACAAGUACAGCAGCUAGUGGAAAAUGCCCGGAAUUCUUCUUCAGAUAAUGUUGCAAGGUCUCCGCCUGAGUCGGCAGCUCAUUCGGCGUCCUCUGUGACCGUGGCCCUGUCGCCGCCAAGAAUGACGUUGGAUUGUUUUAGGCAAAGACCCUAUCAAGCUGCUGCCACAACUUCUUCAGGGUCAUCAAGCUCACUUUUUUUCUCAAGUGGGUAA